CUCUGCUGCCGCCGGUCCUUUUCCUCACUCGAUCGACGACUGCGACGGUGGCGCGAGGCUUCGACGGCGUCGACGGCGACGGUUGCGGCUUGUAAGCAUCGCGACGGUGACGGGAAAACACCAGCAAUGCCGAGAACUAAAGAGCAAGCAGCAAUGAGGCCCUUAACAGGAGGUGAAACCUCGAGGCCUAAACGUACUAAACAACAACAGCAAGAGGAGGAAGAAGAAUUUGAUUUUGUGGAUGAUGAAAUUGAGCAUGAAGACGAUGAUGGGCAAUCCCAUGAGGACGAAGAUGGCGAGGACGAAGAUGGCGAGGACGAAGAUGGUGAGGACGAAGAUGGUGAGGACGAAGAUGGCGAGGACGAAGAAAAUGCUGAAAAAGCAGGAGGGCGCCAGUAUAGAUUUCGCUGUACCACCAAGAAGGUGUUGUCAAUUAUAAAAGACUGGAAGCAAGAUCCACGAUACUAUGAAGCUUGCAAGAGAGAGAUCGAGAAGGCUGGAUUUGGAGGCCUAUUUGAGCUUCGGCUGGUCGAUGUUCCUAAGCAGAUGCUGCCUACCUUGAUGGCACAUUACGAC